AUGGAGACAAAGCCCUCCCUUGACAUAUCCUACAAGAAGCACGAGCAAAUUUCUUUAGAAAAGCUCGCAGAGUUCAUAACUGCUUGCAGACUAAGAAAGAACCGAACGCCUAUUACAAACAAAUUCAAUACUUCUGAUGUAAAUAGAAUACUUGUGAUCAUUAAUGAGUCUCGCCCUGUUUACUUGAGCCAAACUAAUAAAAAAGAAAACUACACCGCAGUUCUUAAGGAAUACCCGCUGCCUGAGGAUAUUCCCAUAUAUAUGCACUCGAUUAGAACUAAAACCCCAAAGAAAAGUACUUCAGAAGAGGUGCCCAGAAAGACCCUUCUAGCAGAGGAUCUUGAGAAGUACUUGGUUAAGGAUAUAAAUGCAAUAUACACAGAAGGAAUUGACCACAGGAUAUAUACAAUUCCUAUAUCAGAAAAAACUGCUUUCUAUUCAAAGUUCAGCACGCCCGAAGUUCUUUCGCAGGUGGCAACACUGAGGCCGCUUAAGAUAGAAAAAGUCAAGAAAGAUGUGCCAAAAGACGAGUACACAUACUAUAGCGUGGUGAAGGUCAAUGCGCGAGAGAUGGUUUCGUUUGAUGGCCCCAGCAAAUAUUCAUUCUUGUCUAUUGACUGCGAGAUGGUCCUAACUGAUAUAGGGUGUGAGCUAGCUCGGAUAAGCAUCAUUGAUGGGGAGCAGACGGUAUUGUAUGAUCAGCUAAUUGAGCCAGCUGGAAAGGUCACAGACUAUCUGUCUGAAAUAACAGGAAUAACAGCAAGCAGCUAUGACAACAAAUGCACCUGCAAGAUCUGCGCUGGUUUUGAUGAGAAGGGGAUAGAGCCAGACAGCAGAGAAGUUCUAAAGCACACUGGGUCAAUAGCAUAUAAAGUGCUGCUUUAUGACCUAUCCAAAAUUAUUGGGGCAAAUACAAUUCUUAUUGGGCAUUCAAUAUCGCACGAUCUGUUUGCAAUGAAUGUGUUCCAUGAGAAGCUUAUUGACACCUCAUUACUUUACAACAGCAAGACACACCACAGAUACAAACUCAAGGCGCUUUCUUUAUCGUAUCUGAAUAAAGAGAUACAGAAGACAAACCACUCGUCUGUAGUUGACUCUGAGAUGUGUUUAGAUCUCAUUAGCUACCUAGACAACAGCCUGCCUGCUCCUCUUCAGUACCAGAAAAUGAAAAACCUAUCUAUUGGAACCGACUACAAAGACAUACCACAAAAGCCUGCAAAGAAAGGAACACCACCAGUUGACUAUAUCUAUAUAAAUGAGCCGCCAAAGGAGAUAGAAGACAACACUGUGAUAAUACGCCUUAAUAGAACAAGUGAGAACUGGUCAGUAUUCAUAUCUAACACAUAG